AUGGGAUAAAAUAUAUCAAAUAGUAUGAAAGAAAACUAAAAAGAAAUGUAAAAAGAAAUGCAAAAAAAACAAUUAGAAUUUAUGCUUAAACAAAGAUAAACAUAAUUAGCUAUUUAAUUUGCCUCAGGUAAAGAAUUUUUUCAUUGGUAUGCCUCAUUUUAUUCUUUGAUCUUUCCAUUUUGUAUUAUAGGAGCAAUAAAAAAGAAAGUAUACUUUUUAAUUGAUUAAGAAUCCUUUACCUAUAGUAGUCUUAGUUCCCUUAGGAUUUGUUUGUGCAUAUUAAUAUGAUAUGUUUUAUGGGUAUGAAUUGAAAAGUUAUUUAGUGAUAAAAUGAAGAGAAUAAAAUUAGAAGCAGAACGAUUAAUAGAACAAGAAUCAUAAUUAUUUUACUUUCCAAAAAAUGCUAAAAUUGUCUCAUAAGAAGAAUAUGAAACAAUUCUUGAAAUUAAAAAGAAAGUAAAUUGA